AUGAAUACAGUAAAAACUGUUGGAAAUGAUGUUCGAACUCGUAUUGCAUUUGUUCCUCGACAAGCACGUACUAAUGUUCAAAAGAUAAAAGUAUUCGAUAAACAGGAACAACUUCCUUCAAUUACAAAUAUAAGUGAACUUCCUUCAUUUUCAUCAAAGAAUAUCACACCAAAUGAAACAACAGAACAAAAUAGUCAUGAAAGUAGUAGUAAACCAAAAACUGAUAGAUUACCAUCAUCAAAUGCUGUUCAAUCUGUAUCACCUCCGACUGAAAGUACAUGUAAUUUAAAAACAGUAAAAGAUCUAUCAGGUCAUGGUUUUAAAAAUUGGCUUAGUCGUUUAACACCAAAACAAAAAUUACUUCUCAAGAUAAUUAUUCCAGCCAUUAUAAUAUCAUCUAUCGUACUUAUUAUUAUUCUACCUGUCUAUUUCUAUGUCAUUAAUCCACAUUUAGAAUCUUCGUUUGCUAAUAUCACUGUUUCGGCUUGUUCGAAGACGACAUGUAUUGGCAAAGAAACACCAUAUCAUACAUCAAUAACUACUGCUCUUUAUCCUUUUGAUGGAAAUUAUAAUGAUAUAAUAGGAUAUAAUACAGGAAUACCAACUAAUUCACCUACCUUUUCAGUUAGUUAUCCUGGUUAUGUUAGUCAAGCGGUAUAUUUUACAAGUGGUUCUCAACAAUUUAUUCAAAUUCCUAAUAUAAAUUUAACUAAACAAAGUUUCACAUUACAAGCAUGGCUGUGGCCAACAACUAUGUCAUCUACAAAUGAUUUAGCUAUAUUUGGUCAAUGUGAUUCUAAUUCAAGAUGUCUUUCUUUAAGUAUACGAUCGGCACGUUUUGCACUAUCAUUCGAUUCUAUGAAUACGAGUAGCAUUGUAUUGAUGGGUACAUCAGUUGUACAAAACAGUUGGGUUCAUGUCACAGUAGUGUAUGAUAUAACUCUAUUUCAACAACGAAUCUAUGUUAAUGGUCGAAUAGAUGCAGUAUCGAACAAUAUUGUUAAUCCUUUUCAAACAAUAUCAUCAGUUUCGGCGACAACUAUUGCAAAGACUUCAUCAUCUGCUUAUGGAACAUCCUAUUAUUCUGGAAAAAUUGAUCAUUUAACAAUUUCUGCUGGUAUUGUUCGAACUACUUGUCAAAUAUUGAAUGAUGCAUCAUUAGUAGCAUAUUAUCCAUUUAAUACAACAACAGCAACUUGGAAUGAUUAUAGUGUUAAUCUUUGUAAUGGUAUCGCAUCAGGGGUAACACUAUCUGAAGGUCGUGUUGAUCAAGCUAUUUCUUUUCAAUCAAGUACAAGUUAUUUUCAAGCACAAUGUUUUCCAAAAAUGCGAUAUACUGAUACAUCAUUUUCGAUUUCACUCUGGAUUAAUCCAACAUCUCUGACGAGUGGUGGUUCAUUAGUACAUAUUUCUACUAAUACAACUGGUACCUUAUAUUGUUAUGAUCUUCUUGCUUUUACAACUACAGGAGCAUUAGUAUUGCAAUGGAUGGUAUCAGUUUCUACUGUUAAUAGUGUUUUAGGUCCUGUAAUGCCACUAAAUACAUGGACACAUAUAGCUGUUGUAUUUAGUACUACAAAUGGUAUACGUCUUUUUAUUAAUGGAGAAUUUAGUACUUCAUCAGCAAAUACAGGCUCACUUACUAUAUAUGAUCCCACUAUGGUUCAAUAUAUUACAUUAGGUAAUGUUGGUUCAUUGGGACCAGCAUCAUGGAUUACCUGUGCAACUGGUAGUAUAUCCUAUGCAUCAGGACCAUUUUCAGGUGCUGUUGAUGAAUUUCGACUCUAUAAUCGAGAAUUAGACAGUCAAGAAAUUUGUGUACUUGCGAAUCCAUAA